AAUGUAAGAAACAAAGUGAAGUUAUGCAUUUAACUUUAACAACCAUUACAGACUCCAUUACAGCAAAGCGAAAGAACUACUCCGUAUCUAUAAUAGCCAUCUCCUAGACAUCAGCAGUUAAAAUGAUGAGAAGCAAUGUGGUGAUCAUUCUGUUCGUUUUUCUCGUUGAAGGUGUGUUUGGUGAUACACAUCCAGUGAAGUCAGUAUUAGGGAUGGAGGGAGAUCCUGUCACUCUAAACACUGAUGUUCCCAAACAACACCAUGAAACAAUGCGGUGGUACUUUAAUGACAUUCAAAUAGCUCAGAUCAAUGGACAUGCCAAUACGAGCUGUUUAUAUGAUGGUGAAGGCGGGAGAUUCAGAGACAGACUGAAGGUGGACUAUGAGACUGGAUCUCUGAACAUCACAAACAUCACAACUGAACACGCUGGACGUUAUGAAGCAGAGAUCAUCAGAAGCGAGAGUUCAGGCAAAAGGCAAAGUUUGAACAGAAAUCGAAAGUGUGACAGCACAAAAACCACCAAAAAAAACAGUAACCCUGAAGACAUCAUAAUAACAAUCAGUCUGACUGUCAGUGCUUCUGAUUCUGUCAAAAACAAGAAUGAAGUCCUAAUAGAACCACGGGACAAAGAGAUGGAGACAACUGUUCCAGAUUCAGGUCGGUCUCCAGCUGCUGUAGUAGGAAUAUGUGUUGGUGUUGUUGUUGUUGUUGUUCUGCUGCUGGUGGCUGCUGCAGCUGUUGUUGUUGGUGUGAGGUUUAUUCACCACAGCAUCUUCAGAACUGGCAAGUAUCAGCUACAAAUACUGUAG